AUGGCAUCCAGGGAAACAACACCUUCAGAUCUGGGUGAAGAUCUCCAACCCAUCAGGUUCCCAGCAUAUGUCAGAAAGGCAUUCAGAUUGGAUUCUGUCAGAACACCAGGGGGGCUGAACAUCCAAUUUGAGCAACUCCUUUUAGAAGGCAAGAAUGAUGAUGGCAGAUAUUACAAGCUUGAUACUGCAGACAUGAAAACCAACCUGUUUGGUGAUGAUGCAGGCAUCUCCCUCCACAGGGACUUUGACUCUAUCAUUGGGUUCUAUCAGGGGUUGCCAUUAUUCGACAGUGUGGAGCUUUCCCUUGUCCCUUGUCCUAUGGAUUCUCUCUCUGGUUCCAUCAAUCUGCAUGUGAAGCUUCCAGAUCAUCUAUUUGAGAUUAACUGUGAACCUGGGGACCAUGUGACAGCACCAAAUAAGAUUGCCAACUAUUGCCUUGGCAAUUAUUCAAAAAAUGGCCUCAUUAGAAUUUUUUUCCCAUACUUCACCCCUUCCACAACCCCACCUGGCCCAACCCACACAAAUAACACCAACAACCCCAACAACACCGACAAUGACAACAAUGGUAACAACAAUGGCAACAACAACAGGCUCUUGGGUGGGAAGCCUCUGGUUUCUGCUGCUCUGCUAGGUGAACUGGUGGAACAUAUGAGAGAUUGCCUGGAGAGGAAGAAGGAAAACUUCCAAUGGGCUCGCAGCUUCUUCUUUGGCCUUGAGAUCAAGGGAAUCAAACUCAGCACCACACAUCCUGUCCCUUUUAACAAUGGCACAGAGGAAGGGCAGGGUUCCAGUGAAGAGGAUCAAGAGACAAUCUUCAGACAACUUAUCCUGGGGAUAACAGCAAAGCACAUGGGUGGAUGUGGGGCUUGA